UGGCUAUCGCCAUCGCAGUGUGCCAUGCUUCGCGCUUGUCAGUCGGCAGCCAGUCCGUUUCGUAGGUACUGCCGUGCGCCUGGUCCCCCCGGUACUUCAAAGGUCUCACGAGAUCCGCGAAAAUUCGUGUAAAAGUUCGCGUGAAAAUGCGGAGUUCUUUGUUUGUUUUUGUGUGUUAGAUAAGGACUGUCAAGUGGUACUGAGUGGUGUGAAGUACUGUUGGUGGUUGUGGAUUAGUUUCAGAUUAUAUUGGAAGGGUAUACGAGGCAGUUGUUUUUUUUUGUUGAUAGAAACCAUUAUAAGUGCUACAAAUAACACAAUAAAUACCGAAAUAAAAUAGUGCCUAAAAACCCAAACAAAGGAUACAAACUUGGAGCUUCUUCACCAGAACAGUGGGAUGACAGGAUAGAGCGGUCUCAAUAUGCCGCCAACAACCAUUAAUCCCUCCCACAAAAGGGAAAAUGCCUCCACCGCAAAUGUUCUUAUGUGCAAACAGUGGUGGAAGGUAUGUUGGAUGUAUGGCGAUCAGGAAAAGUACUAUCGCCAACUUUACGGGAAACCCAAAAACGGUUUGGACGUCAACAAAAGCCUCUUUGCCCCAGCUAAUUCUUCAAACACCAAAGUUCCUAAUACCCCCAGCCCCAAUAAUAAUUCCUCCUUUAUCAGUCAAAAUCCUACGAUUUUUCCUAAGACCACUUACAAUACGAAAUCUUCGGACUGGGCGGUACAGUAUUAUCAAAAUACGCGUAUUUUGAAUGAUACGCCGCCUUUUACCGUUGGUGUGCCGACUAGUGAGAACACUAAUAGUGUUUUAAAUAGUGUUAGUGCUAAAGGAAAUGCUUUGGACAAGAGUUUUAGUUUUGAGGAGAUGAGAGUGAGUUCGAGGAAUGGAUCGCCGGAGCUUAACAGCUUGGAUUUAACCAGAGGAAUUGAUGAACCCCUUUGUAGAAGCCAUCCGUCACCGGACGCCAUGUCAGCACCACCCGCUCAAGGUCUUCCACCCCUACCGUCGCCCCUGGGUGGCAAAUUACCCCCCGAACAUCCUGGUGGCGAUCGGUUCUUGGGCAAAGGUUCCCCUUUUGGUCCUCCAGGUGGAAUUGAUCCUCAAAGACACUCGCAGAGUGAUGACGAUAGUGGAUGUGCUUUGGAGGAAUAUACUUGGGUUCCUUCGGGACUUAGACCUGAUCAGGUCCAUUUAUACUUCUCCGCCCUCCCAGAAGACAAAGUGCCUUACGUGAACAGCGUAGGAGAGAGCUACAGAGUGCGACAACUGUUACAACAACUUCCACCUCAUGAUAACGAGGUGAGGUACUGCCACGCCCUCAGUGAUGAAGAGAGGAAAGAGCUGAGGCUCUUUAGUGCACAAAGGAAACGCGAGGCAUUAGGGAGAGGCACCGUGAGGCAGAUACCUGGAAUAAUGAGGUGUGAUUUGUGCACCGAAUCACUAUCCUCUGGAGACAUCGGAGUAUUCGCCUCAAGAGCGGGUCCUAACACAGUAUGGCAUCCCGCCUGUUUCACCUGUUGCAUAUGUCAAGAGCUCCUAGUAGACCUCAUCUACUUCUGGAAGGAGGGUAGACUCUAUUGCGGCAGACACCAUGCAGAAAGCCUCAAACCUCGUUGUAGCGCAUGUGAUGAGAUCAUUUUGGCUGACGAAUGUACUGAAGCCGAAGGGAGGGCAUGGCACAUGAAGCAUUUUGCUUGCUCCGAAUGCGAAAGACAACUAGGAGGUCAGAGGUACAUAAUGCGGGACGGUAGACCCUAUUGUUUAAACUGUUUCGAUGCAAUGUUUGCCGAGUACUGCGACAGCUGUGGAGAACCAAUAGGGGUUGAUCAAGGUCAAAUGAGCCACGAGGGUCAACACUGGCAUGCCACUGAAAUUUGUUUCUGUUGUCACACCUGUCGAACCUCGCUGCUAGGACGGCCCUUUCUGCCCAGACGGGGAGUGAUUUACUGUUCAAUCGCUUGCAGUAAAGGAGAACCACCCACACCAUCGGACAGUAGUGGACCAGGAACAAGACUUCCUCGCCAUGGAAAACACCGCACCACGCCCGGAUCACACCCUAACGACCAAAUUCCAUCACCAAGCGAAGGAAGCACGCCCCCAGCAUCCCCUUCCACCCAUCGGCCACACCCUCAACGGUCCCCCACAACUAGUUCGCCGUCAAGUCCACUAGGUCCACUCUUCUCCCCACCUAAUCAGCUCAGCUCCAGCCUGGGUCUAAGCCACUCCUUGCCAAGUAGCCACUCCGUUCCUUUGCCAAGCCAUAGUCACACCCCUUCGCCAAUCAGAUCACCCAAGAUGGGCAGAAGGGCAUUACAACGAAGUCCCAAGCCGGGUGGGUCUUUGGCUAGCACGCCCACCCCAUCCGAGUGUGGAGAUAGGGACUUUGAGGGUAGCAGGGAGAUGGAGGAGAGAGUUGGACUGCAAGAGAAAGGACUGGAUAGGGUUUUAUUGGAGAGAAACCUUGAUAGGCUUUUGCAUGAAAGAACUUCUACAACCCAUCACUCUCCCGAUUUGGAGAAGCUUCUCAGUGCAAGGGAUCGUAGUAGAGAGCCUCUACACUUGGCAGACUUAAGUCUGGACGACUGGGCAGAACGUAUGAGCUCUAAGGAUGAGACGAGGAAUAGUAGCAAUGCCUCGAAGAGUGAUGCUAGUAGUAAAGGUCUGGACCAAGCAGCUGGACAUGCAAGUAGCAUGCCUGAACUUGCUCUUCCAACGCCAAGUGAUACAACAGCGUCAGCCACGACUCCAGGUUCUCCCUCCAAAAAAUCUCGUGGUUUUCUCAGCGUACGUUUCCAAGGUGACAACGAAGCAUUCGAAGCUGACGAAACUGAUAAUGCCAGUAUGGAAGCUACAGCCAAGAGGUUUCCAAGAAGCAGAAGCUACAGUGGCGGAGGAAGAGAGAGGAAACACAUAGACUCUUUGCAAAGAAAAGGACGAAUAUCUAAGAAAACUAGUUCCGAGAGUCAUGUCCAAGCAGCUUCAAGUUCUAGACAUAAAUCGCAACGUGACGAUGAUAGCGAUAGUUAUUGUUCAACGUGCUCAUCGAGUUCUUCCUCGGACGAUUUGGACUAUCAGUUACCUCCAAGGAGGGCCUAUGGAGGAGUAAGGAUAUCAUAUGUGCCAAACGAUGCUUUAGCGAUUGCGAGGAGGAGGCAGCAAGCGGUACCCAAAAGCCCCAGUGGAAGAAUUAAGCAGCCAUUGGAUGAUAAAGAUAAAAAUUGUACAAUCUCUUGAUGUCUGUUCGGAAGGAAGGUGAAGGUAUUGCUGGAAGGAGGAGGUUUGAAGGCAGAUGGUUUAGGAAGAAAAUUUUUGUGGAAGUCAAAAAAAUGUUUUAAAACUAAAUAAACGCAAUAGUAGGAAUAUUUUAAGUACAGGUUUGUAAUCUAAUAUUCUGCCAUCGUAUUUCGAUAUUCUGGAUCAAUAUAUCAUGUACAAAUUUUCUCUAGGUUAGGUUUUUGUACAUUUUUGUAAUUUUAUAUAUUAUUAUAUACACUCUUUGUCAUGUCACCAUUUUUGUAGAGAUCCUUAGAGUUAUACAAAUUAUAUAUCAUCAAAUAAAAAGCAUGUAUCUAAUUUUUUUUUGUAUAGUACUUAUUUAUACAAUUUUAUUCAUAUAGUAUAAUAUAUAUUGUUUCCUUUUUAGUUAUUCAAUUUUUGUAUAUUGUAUAUAAAAAUUAGUUUAAAUAAAAACCAUUAAAGCAUA